CGCCGGCGGUGCCCACUUCCAAGAUGGCUGGAAUAGCGUCGGGCGCGCAGGGCGGGGCCGAGGGAGCGGCCUGGGUGGCCCAGUUAGGCAGGCAGAAUGCUGCGGACCGCACUGGGCCGCGUGCCCGCAUUGCGGGGCUGCGUGCAGCCUUGGGGACCCGGCCUGAGGCGGUUGUGGGUCCCCCGAUCCCACCCGGAGGUCGCGGAGAGACGGCGGGCCUGGGCCUGGGUCCAGGGCUGGCGGCACUUAAGCUCGGGGGCGGAGGCCGCAACAGGGCUGGGACGUGUGGAGGCGGCGCACUACCAACUCGUCUACACCUGCAAGGUGUGUGGGACUCGGUCGUCUAAGCGCAUCUCGAAGCUGGCCUAUCACCAGGGCGUGGUCAUUGUGACCUGCCCAGGCUGCCAGAACCAUCACAUCAUCGCAGACAACCUGGGAUGGUUCUCCGACCUGGACGGGAAAAGGAACAUUGAAGAGAUCCUGGCUGCCAGAGGGGAGAAGGUGCACCGGGUGGCCAGCGAAGGGGCUCUGGAACUGAUUUUGGAGACUGCAGGGCCCCCCAAGUCCCCUGUGGGCCCAGAAGUGGGUGACAAUGAGGAUGCCGCCCACCCUCACAAGACAGAGCCGAGCUGACUCCACGUUCCUGCCCGCUGCUGAGGGCUGCCUUUGACGGGGACGUUUGGUUGGUCUGGGUCUCUUGGACAUAGCCUCUUCCAGUCAGUAAACCUCACCUCUGCGCCUGGG